CUCUGCUCUCUUGUCUUGGCCGUAUUAGAAAUUUUCAGCUUUCUUGAGGAACACGACAAGUCCCAAUUUAGAUAAAAUGAGGAAAUGAGGAUUCACUACUUUUAAUGUAUCUUUCGCCACAUUUUGUAAAAAAGCAAUUGAAAUAAUAAUACAAAGGAAAAUAGAGAAGGAGUUUGUCCAAAAAGUAAUAUUGGUUUGGUCUAACGGUUGAUUGUGUUUUGGUGUCGUGUCAGGAGAAGUUAUUGAUGUAUGUAUGAUCUAAUGGAUAACAAUUAUAACCGUAUGCCACCAACACAUCCGAACAGCAAUGGUGCAGUAAGUUCGGGUGAGCACCUGGGCGGCAGUGCCACCCAGCAAAAAGCACCACGAAACUUUAAGUUGCUUUCGGAUCCAGCAAUUACGAAAGGCGCCAAUAAAUUGUACCGUUUCGAUGGUGUAGUUCCAAACGAUUCUACUUAUCCCACGGUUAUGCCUCGAGAUCCCCGCAAUCCUGUGGUGCGCUUACGGGCAAGACCAGUUGAACCAAUGGUGUUGUCUGUUCCUAGGCUAAAAAUCGACCACAACUAUGUUGGUAGUCCGCCGGCCAUAGAAAUAACAAUGACAAAUUUAAAUGAUAACAUCGACAAGCAAUUUUUGGCGCGAAUGCUUGAUAAAUGUGGAGUAUAUGAUGAGAUUGUCAUUCACCAUCAUCCGACCACAAAUAAACAUCUGGGAAUAGCAAGAAUUGUAUUUGAAAAUGUAAAGGCUGCCCGACAAUGUAUUGAAAAAUAUCACCAGAAAUCGGUGAUGGGGAAGAUUUUAAGCGUUUUUCACGAUCCAUUUGGUACUAUUUGCAAACAAACAGUAGAAAAUUUAACAUCAACGAAACCAAAGCUUUCGACUGCCACAAGCACCGCUACAGGAGUUACUACUGGUGCACCACCUUUACCAAAUACUGAGCUAGAUACACAUGCUGCAACAAUAACAUCAACAACGACCACUGUUGCUCAUUUGGAAUAUCAACAUGAAUAUAUAUCGCAUGUGUCACAGGAUGGUUUUGAUGCAACAGUAGCAACUUAUCAGCAUUCUUACCGGUCGGAACGUGAAUAUGAAAGAUUUAGUCAUAGCCGAACAGACAGAUACGUUGAAGAAGAUAGGACUUCGUAUCGUGAUAAGCGCAAAGAUCGAGCACAAAGUCGUGAAAGAUACGGAUCUUUAUCUGUUGGUCAACGCCAUGACAAAGAUAGGUCGAAACACCAUCACCAUUAUCAUAAACGUGACCGUUCUAGAGAACAUAGUGACGAACGCGGCUGUAUAAGUGUCAGACGCGAUCGAGAUCGUGAUAGAGUGCGUGAUUAUGAAAGAUCGCGAGAUCGGGAUCGCGAUAGACGUGACCGUGAACGUGACUAUCGCGAAAGAGACCGAGAAAGGUCAAAUGAUCGAGAUCGUGACCGCGAUCGCUCGGUUAAGGCACGUGGAAGUGAAAAGUACAAUUCAACGUCACGGUAUUCUCGGGAUUAUGUAGACACAUCUUCGAGUGGUGCAGCUCCAAAACCUUAUCCAUCUCCUAGUAGUACGGUGUAUUAUCCUCUUCAAACUGGUACGCAGCCCCCUGUACAUGUGGUGGGAUCUUCCAUUCCAGGUGCUUAUCCGUAUCAUGCCUAUGGAUAUCCAAGUGAUAACAAUCCUACUCCUCAUAUUUGGCCGGGAGGAAAUAGAUCAUGGCCCGCCCAUCAACCACCACUGCAACCACAAAGUCAGCCACCUCUGCCACCUCCUCCUCCUGACGGAACACCCGACUGGGAUGAACCAGAACCACCUCCCCCCGGUGGAUAUUCUAGUCAGGAUGAAAUGGCAUCCAGCAAUAUGAAAAAAGAUCGAAAAGAAACAUCCACAAGCAAUAAAUCAUCGAAGGAAAAUAAUUCAUUUGCAACGUCAGAUAAAACAGAUUUAACAACUGAAACGGAUUUGGGUAAUGUUGAUUUAGACACACGCAUCGCACUCAUGUUCAAGGGAAAAUCGUUUGGCAACGCUCCACCUUUUCUACAGAUGGAUAGUAGUGAAUCAGAUGCAGAAAAAGGUGCACAAGGUGAAGAAGAAGAGGGUGAAGUAAAUUCAGAUUCGAAUGAGCGGUCGAAACGUUUAAAUAAAAAGAAACGUCAAAUAUCAUCUUCAAUGUUGAAUAGAAUAAACAAUGUUGAGCACGGGGCAAGUGAUAUUUCAUCCAGUGACGAUGAGAUUUUGCUUAAAAAGGAUUCUUACAGUCCAAUAUAUCCUGGUCAUUUGAAACAAAAGGACGACGAUCGUAUGUCGCUUUCUAGUUUAUCGUCCAAUGAAGGCGUAAAAAAACAGGGAACCGAUAAAGAUAAAUCUAAACAAAAAUCUUCACUGCAGUCAUCUGUAACUUCGAUGAUAUCAACAUCUGAAAUAAGUGCAAGUGUUGCUGCCUAUGUGUAUCCUCCACAUCCAUCCUCUAACACUUAUUAUUAUCCUGGAGGAGGAUAUCCCUCGUAUCCAUCAGCAGAUAGUGCUUCAGCACAGUACCUACAUCCCGCCUACAUACAAUCGUCUUAUUUGCCGGGUAUUAGCGGUAGCUUGCCCACAUUUGGCGCGAAUACCGCUUCCUCCUAUAAUGACCCUUAUGGUGAUGCAUACAAAUUUUAUCGCAGCGAUGGAUAUUCCACAUACAUGGGUCACAUUUCAAAUGUUUACAAUGAAGAUCCAUACAAAAGACACAUCGAAGAGGUGGUGAAGAAAGUAAGUGACGAACUUAAACAGAUAUUAAAGCGCGAUUUUAACAAAAAAAUGAUUGAAAAUACCGCCUUUAAAAAUUAUGAAGCUUGGUGGGAUGAACAAAUACAAAAAAGCCGUCGGAACAAGAGUGAAAAUGAAAAGGCUGCAUCUGAAAAAUCCUCAGGUAUAGUGUCGGUCGGGCUAAAUAGUACCACUGCUCCAACGACUAAUCGCAUAGAUAAACCGCCUGAUAUUAACCAGUUGAUUAAUAGUCAUCGAGAUUUAUCAGAUUUUAAUUCGGCAUACCCGGCCCUGGGAUUACGUGCCUCGAUUCCUAAAUUGCCGUCCUUUCGUCGAAUACGUAAACAGCCCAGUCCUAAAUCACAAAAGGCUGACGUUGAAAAACAUCUUAGCGAUCAAGAGGAAAUGGUGCACGGCUCAGAUUCCGAAAAAGAUGAUUCGAAUUUAAGCUCAAUCGCAUUAGCAAACACUAGUAGCAGCGCCAAAGAUGCGAAAGACUCCACGAAUCAAUCUUUCAAAGCAAAAACAUCAUCCAGCACUCCAGCAGCGAGGGUAAAACGAAAAGGAAGCUCCUCGAGCUUUUUUUCAUCUUCUUCAUCCAGUGGUGGUGACAAUGAUGAUGAAGAUGAUGACGAUAUGGAAGGUGAUGCGGACGGAAGUUCAGGGGAUGAAGAUGAAAGUGCUAGUGAAGAUGAAUUAAGCUCAAUAUCAGAAGAUGACAUAAAAAGCAAAGCUCGCAAAGAAAAAAGUCACCAAAAAUCACGGCAGACAAUUACAAGAGAUCUCUACUCUGACACUGAUGAUGAUGAUGGACCCAAAACAUCAGUUAAUAUUAUGAUACCAACACAGGCUACUACAAGAAAUAGCACUGUAAUAGAGAAAAAGAGCAUAUACUCCGAUUCAGACGAGGAAACAAAAAUAUUGGAAAAAGAAUCUAAAUCGGAAAAACUCAGUCAUAAAUCGGAAAAACUCAGUUCAAAAGCAGAACUGUUAGCAACAAAUGCUUCCGAUCUGGAAGACAUAAGCAAAGACAGUUCGCUCAGUUUGGUUGAAGAUUCACAAGACUAUAAUGAAACAAAAACACGAAAUAAUGCUGAUCCUAAUUUAAAAUCAGCCAAUUUUAGUGAAUCUCAAUCAAAAGUGGAAAAUACUGAAAAGAAAAAUGAUCAGAAACAACUCGAAAGCAAGCCCGAUCAAAGCCAAAGGAAAAGUGUAUUCGAAUAUGACAGAAUAUAUAGUGAUUCCGAAGAAGAGCGGGAAUACCAAGAGCGUAGAAGACGUAACACUGAAUAUAUGGCUCAAAUUGAGCGUGAAUUUCUCGAAGAACAAGAACGAAAAUUGCGGGAAGAACAAGAUGCUAGUGGAACGAAAAUGACACCACCAUCAAUAAAGGAAGAUGAUACUUUAACGACAUCAGCCGUAAGAUCUAAUCGACCAUCAUUAUUUGUUUCUCGUAAAUCGCUUAGCACUGAAAUGCCUGCAACGCCCGAUAUUACGAAACUUCCCCCUACUCCUGGUGCUCGAUUAAUGGGUGAACUUGACUUGGUCAGUUGCUCAAAUACUGCGGAUAAACAGCGGGACAAAACUAGUACUGGAAAGGUUAAAAAAGAAAAGACUGUAACAAACUCCAAGACUGAAACGGGUAGACCUAAGAAAGAUUCAAAAUCAAAAAUUCAAAAUGCUCAAGAAGUUCAAAUGCAAUCGACAUCAACAGAGAAAAAAGCACCCUCAAGCGAAUCGUCGUAUUCCAGUGUAUCAGCACAUAUUACAGCGGAUACACCAAAUAUGACUUCCACGUCAGUCAGUUCAAAUGGUUUUGUCGCUAAUGAACUCAAAAUUCAGGCAACAGUAACCCUUGGUACCAUCGAAAAUAAAACCGAUUCUAUCCUCCAGUCUAGAAGAAAUCAGUCCAAAUCCACCAACGAACUCUUGACACUGAAACCGCGACCAUUAGAUGCAUCCCAAACAGAGGAGGAAAAUUAUGAUAUCAAGAUGUCGCCUACGUCUUCAGAUGGAGGAUCCAGUCAAGCUAGUCAAGCCAGUCAAGUAGCAUUGGAGCAUUGUUACUCUUUACCUCCAGAGGCCGAUACAUCCAAACCAAAGAACUUGUCACCCAUUCUACAACAUGGAGAAACAGCUCGGAAAAAGCAACAAUAUUUGGUUCAUGAUCACGGAGGGUACGCUACUCCACCUACGCCACGUGCUUCAAUUUCCGAAGACUUCGUUCCACCACAUAUUUCCCAACAGUCCAAUACUUUAACAUCAGCUAAGCCCGGACCUGGAAGACCCCGUAAAGAUUCCGCUCGAACGAAAAAGAAAGAGGACUCUUCGUCGCACCGAACAUCUGGGAAACGAACACACUCUUUAGAAAUAUCCUCUGCAGCAGCAUACAACAAUUACGCAAAGGCAAUGGCAGACUUUGUUCCGAGAGAAAUGUUUAAACCGCGUGAGGCCACUGAUGAAAUGAUGGUUCUUUACGAAUUUCUUACUCGUGGAAUUGAUGCAGAAGAUAUUCAGUAUGUACGAAAAUGUUAUGAAAUGCAUUUGCAGGAAGACACAUACGGAUUUUGGCUUAAUAAUACUCAUUGGGUAGAUCACUGUGUGACCGACCGUGCAUUUGUGCCACCACCUAAUAAAAAACGUAAAAAGGAUGACGAACUAAAGCGCCACGUUACAGGUUGUGCUCGCACGGAAGGUUAUUAUAAACUGGAUGUACGGGAAAAAGCCAAACAUAAAUAUCAUCAUGCUAAGGCCAACGUCGAGAACUCACAAAGUGUGGAUCGUGCAGAUGAUCAACAAACUAAUCAACACAAUAAACUGGUAUCAAAAAUGCAGGGCAUUUCGCGCGAAGCCCGUUCAAAUCAGCGUCGUCUUUUAACAGCUUUUGGUUCCAUUGGAGAGUCGGAAUUGCUUAAAUUUAACCAGCUUAAAUUCCGCAAGAAACAAUUGAAAUUUGCCAAAUCAGCUAUUCACGACUGGGGUCUGUUUGCAAUGGAACCAAUUGCUGCAGACGAAAUGGUCAUUGAAUACGUGGGUCAGAUGAUACGUCCAAUUGUGGCUGAUUUGCGGGAAACCAAGUAUGAAGCGAUCGGUAUUGGAAGUUCAUACCUGUUUCGUAUCGACAUGGAAACCAUAAUAGAUGCCACAAAAUGUGGAAAUUUGGCACGUUUUAUAAAUCACAGUUGCAAUCCAAACUGUUAUGCAAAAGUUAUUACGAUAGAAUCGGAAAAGAAGAUUGUUAUCUACUCUAAACAACCCAUUGGUGUGAAUGAGGAAAUCACUUACGAUUACAAGUUUCCUUUGGAAGACGAGAAAAUACCAUGUUUAUGUGGUGCACAGGGAUGUAGAGGGACACUCAAUUAGAUUGUAUGCCGUCUAUUCUGCAAUGUGGGAUUAUUAUAAAUAUACAUACUUAUUGUAAUUUUUUUUUUUGGUACUUGCUCAUUGUUUUAUAUAGAAACAUACGUAAUAUUUUUUAAUUUCAAAUCAAUUACACACACUUUACCUCAGUUAUAUAUUUUAUAAGCAUAACAAUGUUGUCUAUUUAAUGUCGCUUGUUGGUUUUUGACAAUUAAAAUUGAGUCAUCAUCCCACAUCUACAAAAUAAUUCGUGAAAUUAUUCCUUUUAUAAUUUGACAUUGUCUAGCGAUGAUGUUUAACAUGUACGUCGUUUGAGUAGAAAGAACUAAUCAAGAAAAAUUCGAAUUAUAAAUAAGCUUAAAUACGUAAAUAUUUAAUUAUUUUAUACGUUUACUUUCCUUUUUGAGCCACUGUCAUCUGCAUUUGGGCUUUAAUGAAGGAAACAUUAAUACGAAGUUAAUUUUCAUUGUAAAUAUUUUAGCAGAGCUUUUUUCUUUUAUUUGAAAUGUUUCAAUUUAUAUACAUAUAGUAGAUACAUAUAUAUAUAUAUAUAUUAAAUAUUAAUUCAAUUUUAAGUAAAUUUCAAACUCUUUUUUUUAUUAAAUAUAAUAUUAAACCUUUAAUUGCUUAAUUAAUUUUUUUAUUAAAUUAUAAAACACUAGGCUUUUUAUGAAACUAUGGUUGCAUUAAAUAUAAAAUAAUAAACUUUGAAAUUAAUUUAAAAAAAACAAAUACAUACACUUACAUACAUACGAUGUAGUCGUUAAUAUAAAAAAUUAAGUAUAAUUAUAAUAAAAAUAUAUACACUUGUAUGUAAAUAGUUUUAAAAACAAUAAAAAAAUCAUCAUUUUAUUAAUAAUGUAAGAAAAAUAUUUCAUAAGUUAAUAAUAUACAGACAUAUUCCCCAGCGUCACUUCCUCUAUAAAACACGCAAGUGUCGUAUGUUGUUCGAUAAUGUUAAAAUGAUAAUAGAAAACAAAAUAAAUCAUGUCAAGAAAUUCAA